AUGCCAGCGAAGGCGCGCAUCUCGCCUGCCACACGGCGUGUGCUCGUGGGCCGACCCAGGACGGGCCCCGUCGUGGUGGUGGCUUCCACAGGCUUCGCCCCCCGCAGCGGCGAGGAGGCGACCGGCAGCGGCGGCGGCGGCCACGGCGCUCUGGGCCCCUUCAUGUCCGUCCCUGACACUGUCCUGAACCGCGGUGGCAGCGCGUUUGGUGACGAGAACGUGGGUAGCGGCAGCAUGCUGGGCACUGUGCUGGAGCGCAACCGCGUGAACAUCAUCAUGCCGACGCCCCCAGAGAAGGCCCUCAAGCUCGACGACGGCGGCGACGGCGGCGGCAUCGGCAAGAACAACCACAACGGCGGCGGCGGCGGGGACGGCGGCGGCGACGACGACGACGACUUCUUUGGGGAGGAGGGCGACGGCGACGGCGACGGCGAGGGCGGCCCUGCCGGCGCGGGGUUCUUCCGGCUGCGCAUCCCCGAGCUGUUUGACCGCGCCGCCCUGGCCGCGGUGCUGCAGGAGUGGUUCAAGACCGUCGCAGACCUGCCGCUCUUCAUCCGCCGCAGCGUGGAGAUGGGACUGUUCAGCAGCGCGCAGCUGGUGCGCUUCCUCUCCAUGGACGUGCGCCCCAACGUGACGCGCGCCGUGUCGCGGCGCCUGCCAACGUCGUGGGCGCGCGAGUUUGUGGGCCGCCUGAUGGCCGACCCCGCGUUUGUGCAGAAGCUGGCCAUCGAGCAGUCGCUGGCUUUCACCGUGUCGAUGCUGCACGAGUGGCGCACGCGCGGCGAGGCCUUCAAGAACGAGCUCGACCUCGCGGUCAUCAACAGCAUGGGCUUCGCCGCCGCCGUCGGCGCGACCGUGUGGGUCACCGCCCCCAGCCGCGCGAUGGGCGCCGUGCACAAGUUCCCCUGGCAGAAGAUGCUCGCGGAGCUGCCGCACUGCGUGUUUGACGCCAGCGGCCCGCUGCGCGCCUACACGCCCGCCGCGCGCAUCGGCGGCUUCUUCGCGUCCAUGGCGCAGCUCUCGGCCGUCGGCGCCGCCGCCGGCGCCGCGACGUCCGGCGCCGCAUCGCUCGCGGUCGCGGCGCGCAGGCGCGCGGACCCUUCCUUCGAGCCGUCGGUGCCGGUGCCCAGCGCAGCGCGCUCGAGCGGGGGCCUGGGCGCGUUCUUUGCGCUCAACGCCAACGUGAGGUACCAGCUGCUGGGCGGACUGGACCGAUACCUGUUUGGCCACGCCAGCGCGCUGUGGAGCUACGUCGCGCUCACCACCAUCGCCCGCGUCGGCGGCGCGGCUGUGGGGGAGCUCUCGCGGCCGUGGUGGCAGGGCCUGCCGACCGAGGCCGCGGCCAGCCACGCGCAGCGGCGGACGCGCGUGCGCAAGGUGAAGCGGCGCGUGGUCAAGCGCCCGGCGGCAGCGCAGCAGCCGGCCGAGGCGGCGCUCGCGCCGGCAGUGGCGGCGGUGGCGGCGGGCGGCGCCGAGCAGGCGCUGGAUGGCAGCGGCGCCUUUGAGGCGUUCGUGCAGCAGCAGCGGGCGGAGCAGCCGGCGGAGGGGCAGCAGCAGCAGGGGCAGGAGCCGGAGGAGCAGCAGCAGCGGCAGGUGCGGGCGGCGGCGUCGGCCUCGGACUAUGAGGGCGAGGCGGCGGCCUCUGGCCCCGGCUCUUUUGAGGCCGAGGUGGAGGGUCGCCUGACCAGCGCGCCCGCGCUGAUGGGGUCGCCCGAGGGCCUCUCAGCGCUGGCGCGGCAGCAGUCCUUCUCGAACAGCGCAAUGGGCGGCGCCCUCCGGGACGCUGUUGGCACUGAGGUCGCGGCGUGA